AUGCCCGACUCGUCCCUCCUCUCCACUCAGCUCGCCGUACAGGUCGAUGCGUCGAACGUGCGGCGUGUCAACGCCAUCGACGAGCACUGGACAAGUCCUCCGCUCGAUCUGCCUCCGUACCUCCCGCCGGACGCAGACGAAGCCGCGCCGCUCGAGCCAGAGGCGCUGGAGGCCUCCGUACGCGCGCUCGAGCAGCUGCUUCGCGCGCCGAUGCACGUCUUUUGGUCGCGCCUCCUACACGACCGCUCACUGUCCGAGUUUCUCGACGGCGUGCUGCGCUUCUCUCCCCGCGGGUUCGGUCGGUCGGCGCCGCGCGCUGAUGAGGCCGACGGCUCUCCCGGCGAGGGACAGCUCCGGGCCUGCCUGCUGCGGGUACUGCUGCGGCUGGCCUCGCCUGAAAAGGACGGAGGCGCUGCGGCUCUCCCGCCGGCCGACUGGCGCUCGCAUAGCCGAGAGAGCUCCCUCGUGUACGACCGCUGGCUGCUCGACGCUCCGAAGCUGCUCGACGCCUCCGCCCUCUUCGGCUUCUCCAACCCGGCCCUCGCCCGCCGGCUGCUCGCCUCAGCCGUCCGGCUCGAGCCUCGCUACGCAGACGACCUGGCGGAGGCGAUCGGGGCGGCCGCCGAGGCGCUCUCGCAGGCGUCCGGCGCCGACCCGCUCGCCUCCACCCCCAGCGCCGGCGCGAGGCGUGGCGAGCUCGCCGCCUCCGUCCUGGGCCGCUGCGAGGGCGGCGGUGUGCUCGGCGGGCGCGGGCUGCUCACUGCGGUGCAGUACGCCGUCGAGGCGGCGGCGCCGUGCUUGCGCGCGAUCCUCCCGCAGGGCAGUGCGGCGCGGCAGUCUCUGCUGGCCGCCGUCGCGCACCUCGUCCGCGUCGCCGGCUUGCUGGGCGCGCAGUACGACGCCCUCCUAGCGACGCUCGAGCAGCUCGCCGACCCGCGCGGCCGCCUCGCCGGCACCAGCGACCUCUACUCGCGCGCGGGAGUGACGCUCGACCCAGAGCGUGCGGCCGCCCGCGAGGCGAGCGGCGGAGCGGCCGCCAUCGCGCAGGCGAGGAGGCUCCGCGCGCUCUGCGUGCGAGAGAUGCUGCCGGACGUGCCCGAAGAGCGUGUCAAGGCGGCGAUCGCCUUUUACGGCGGCGAUGUCUCCGCCGCAGGCGGGAGGCGCGGCGGAGGCAAGGGCGCGGAGCGGCAGCCGCUCGGUCUGCGCCAGGCGGUGGCGCCGAAGGGCGCCGCCAUUGGUCGGCCGGCCGGCGGCGCGUGGCUGCGGGCGAUCGGGCUGCAGCAGUACGAGGCCGCGGCGAGGAGCCACGGCAUUUUGCGGAUCGAGCUGGCGGCGGCGCUGACGGACGCGGACUGCGAGCGGCUCAAGGUUGCUCCGCGCGACCGCACGCGGCUCCUCUCCUCCGCCGCGCUGCUCGCCAAGCGCCUCGAGGCGCGCGGCAAGCGAGUCCCGCGCAGCGGGGCAGCCGACACGUCCGGGGGAUACGCCGCCGUGUACGAGGAGCUCUCAGCGGCGGAGGAGAUGGAGGAGAAGGAGCAGAAUAAGGCGAAGGCUGCCAAUCACAAUCGUAAGCAGCAGGCCGCCCGCAAGCACCGUGAGCUCUAA